AUGGCGGUUCGCGCGUCGUUCGAGAACAACUGUGAGAUCGGCUGCUUUGCCAAACUCACCAACACCUACUGCCUGGUGGCCAUCGGAGGCUCGGAGAACUUCUACAGCGUGUUCGAGGGCGAGCUCGCCGAGACCAUCCCUGUGGUGCACGCGUCCAUCGCCGGCUGCCGCAUCAUCGGGCGGAUGUGUGUGGGGAACAGGCACGGUCUCCUGGUGCCCAACAACACUACUGACCAGGAGCUACAACAUAUUAGAAACUGCCUCCCAGACUCAGUGCAGAUCCGGCGGGUAGAGGAGCGGCUCUCAGCCCUGGGCAAUGUCACCACCUGCAAUGACUAUGUGGCCUUGGUCCACCCAGAUCUGGACAGGGAGACAGAAGAAAUCCUGGCUGACGUGCUCAAGGUGGAAGUCUUCAGGCAGACGGUGGCUGACCAGGUGCUAGUAGGAAGCUACUGUGUCUUCAGCAAUCAGGGAGGGCUGGUGCAUCCCAAGACUUCAAUUGAAGAUCAGGAUGAACUGUCCUCUCUCCUUCAGGUCCCCCUUGUGGCGGGCACUGUGAACCGGGGCAGCGAGGUCAUCGCUGCUGGGAUGGUGGUGAACGACUGGUGUGCCUUCUGUGGCCUGGACACAACCAGCACAGAGCUCUCAGUGGUGGAGAGUGUCUUCAAGCUGAACGAAGCCCAGCCUAGCACCAUUGCCACCAGCAUGCGGGAUUCACUCAUUGACAGCCUUACCUGA